AUGUCAAAAGAAGAAGCAGUAACUGCGACUUUAAAAUAGCGUUUAUCUGCAAUUUAGGAUAAGGAAAUAUUCUUUGAAGAUAGAGACUCUUUUAGUGAAGAUGGGGUAUUGAUUAAAUUAAGUUUAGAAAUACGGAGAAUAUGUAUAAAAGUAGAAUAGAGAAAUUUUGAAAAAGGUUUAGGAACUUUUGCAUGAUGGACAAUCUACUGUGAAUUAACAGGAGGAAUAAAGUUUUGCUGUAAUGAAUGAGAAUCAGAAAUAAGAAAUUUUAGAAGACUUAGAAGAAGAAUUUGGAUAAACAUAUGCAGAAACAAAGGUGAAAGUCAAUACUUAUAUUAAACUUAUUCCUAAAAAUGAAUUAUAAUUGGCAUAAAUUUAUAGUGACAAGUAAUAGAGAUGUUUAUUAAUUAGAUAUCCCCUGUUAGCUAUUAGAAAAUAGAUUUUAAUAUUUACAAAACUGAUAUCAUCUUAUGCCUAAAUAAUUACUACACAUCCAUUAUUUGAAUUUAUGACAUUGUUAAUGAUCAUUUUCAACUCAGCAAUGAUUGCUAUUGAUGAUCCAACUACAAAUGAUUAAACAUCCUUUUAAGAUUUAACAGAUAUCAUUUUUUUAGCCUAUUACACAGCUGAAGCAGUAUUGAAAAUAGUAGCAUUGGUAAAAUGUUAUAAUUAUUCAGGGAUUUAUAUUUCCUAAAAAAGCUUAUUUGAAAGACACAUGGAACAUCUUAGAUUUUUCUGUAAUUGUAACUGCCUAUAUUCCUUAUUUUUUGGCAUCAAAUUCAGUUAAUCUGAAUGCUUUGAGAUCUUUUAGAGUGUUGAGACCUUUAAGAACUGUUUCUUCAAUAAAGGCUCUAAGAACAAUUUUGUUAGCAUUAUUUGCAUCAAUAGCUUAAUUGAGAGAUGCUGUUGUGGUUCUAAUAUUCUUUUAUUCAAUAUUUGCAAUUGCAGGAGUCUCUUUAUUUUCUGGAUAUUUAAAAAGAAGAUGUAUAGGUGAAAUGAGUGGAAUUACAUGGAUUUCUGAGGAAAUUUUAUUUUGUGCUGAUGAUAAUAAUUGUCCAUUUCCAGAGGAUACUAUAUAUAAUGAGAAUUUCAUUUGUGGAAAAUAAAUAGCUAAUCCUUAGAAUGAUUUGGUUAAUUUUGAUACAUUUGGAUACUCCUUUUUAUAAGUUUUCAUUAUAACAACAUUAGAAGGAUGGACUUAAAUUUAAACUGCAGUAAUGCUCACUUUUUCUUAAAUAGUAGUUUUAUAUUUUAUAAUUGUUGUUAUUGUUGGAGCAUUCUUUUUGGUAAAUCUUACAUUAGCUAUUAUCAAAUUAAAUUUUAAACCUGAAAAAAUUCAAGAAGAAUUAGCUUAAAUUAAAGAAGAGAUAGAAGAAUAUGAUUAUAGAUAACUUAGAUAAUUAAAGUUAUAUGAGCCAGAAAGACCAAAAGUAGAUACUGAAGGUUAUGGUAUAACAUGGGAUAAACAUCAUGAUUUUGAUUAGAAUGCAAUUAUGAAUCGAAGGAAGAAUUCAAGAGGAGGGGCAUCAUAACUAGAUAUGAUUAGAUAAACUAAUAUGAAAAAAUUGAGAGGAAAAAAUAAAGUAAGUUUUCAACCAAUUAAAUCUGCAGUAUAUUAUAGUAAUCCUAUUGUAUUGAAAAAUAAAUAAUUAAAAAUUGAAGGAAUAUAUGGUAUGGGUAAUUAGAGUAAAUUGAAUUAAUAAAAUUUAGGAACUGGCUAAAAUAAUAAUAACAAUAGAUCAAGUAUGAUAAGAAGAAGUAGUCAAAGUAGUAAUAAUGAUGAAAGAACUUCUUCUAAAAAAGAUGAUAAGAAUAAUAGUAAUAAUAACAAUAAUGAAAAUGAAAGUUUAAGUAGACCAACAAGACUUAUCCCAAGAAAAAGUAUGUAAUUUGGAGAUCAACCAAUAAGUUCAGAAUUUCUGAAUUCUCCAAUGAUGGAUUUAUAAAAUGAAAAUAUUAGACCAUUAAAUGGUGGCACUAUGCUUGUUCAUCAUCGAGGAUCUAUGGAUAGUAGUAAGAGUGGUGGAUCAAGAUAAGAUAAAACUCCAAUUAAUAAUCAUUUAGAAAUACCUAAAUUAGGAGAGAGUAUUUAAAUUAAUUAAUAUGUAUAGUUAGACAAUAGUCUUAGAAUGUGAAAUCUAAUUAAAAGUUUAGUUUAGUAGCAGGUAUGAAAUAUUAGAAACCUCCAAGAAAUUCACCAAAACCUGAUUCAUAAAAGUCAUUAGAUUAGAAUGAAUUUGAUAGUGUAAAUUUAAGUGAGUUGAAUACAAUAUCAGAUGAUGAUCUUGAUAGAAGAUUAGAGGAAAUGGAUAUAUUUGUUUAAGAUAAGAAUGGAGAUUCAGAAAGUGAAAAUAAAAAGAAAUAAAAUUUAAAAGAAUUGAAUAGAUAAAAAAGAAUGGAAAAUAGAAGAUUAAGAGAUUUAAAUAAAAAUGCUUAAUAACAUUUAGAUGAUGCAUCUUUAAAAUUGAAAUCUAAAUUAUUCAAUACUAAAUUUUAUCCAAUUAUAAUAAUUGAUUAAGAAUUUUGUAGUAUAAAUGAUGUUUUAGUUUCUAAAAUGUUAUUAUAAUUAGAAAAAGAAAAAUUAGAAUAAGAAUAGAAAAUUAAAGAAAUGGAUAUUAAAAUUACUUAUUGUUUCAAAAAUUCUAAAUAAUCAUUAGAAUUAAAAAAAUCAAGUUCUGGUAAAAUUAAAAGUAUGACUAAAUCUGGUUAUAUAAAAUCUGGAAUGAAAUCUAAGAAAAAUAAUUUAAGUUUAAGAAGAGUAUAACCAAUAAUGGAUGAAUUACAUCCAUUUGAAGAUCUAUAAUUUCCAACAGAUAAGAAUUUUGAGAAUUAAGAUGAUUAAAAUUAAGAAAAUGGCAAUGAAAAUUCAGAUUCUGAUGAUGAACCUGAAGAUGUAAAUAAUGAAAAAAAUAAUAAUUUUAAUGGAAGUGCAAGUUAAAAAAUUAAAAUAAAAAAGAAAAAAAAAGAAUAAGAGGAUAAUGAUAAAUUAGAUUUUUAAUAAAUGGGUGAAAAAUUUAUGGAAAGUUCUGAUUGCAUAGUUGAUUUAAAUAGAGUUCAUUCAGUUGAAAUUGAAAAAUAAUUUAAUUAAUAAGAAUUAACACUAAUUCCUGCUUGGGAACUUGAAUAGUAAAAGGGAGUUUUCUAUUAAGAAUAUUAAGAUAUUAAAUAAAAAGAUAUUGGAGAAAGCAAAGGAGCUAUUACUGCAUAAGCAUCUAUUGAAGAUGUUUUAUUAAUUGCUGAUUAUACUUUUUAUGAUUAAAAAUUUGCAAAAUAAAUGAAUUCAGUAAUGAAAGCUUUAAAUUACUCAAAAAGAGAAACUUUUAUUUAUUUAUAAGGAUUUGUUGGAUUUUUAAGAGUAUGUUAAAAUCAUUUAUUAUAUUUUGUUUAAUCUAGUUAUUUUGAAGCUGCAAUGAAUUUAGCUGUUGCAAUAAACACUGUUAUUUUAGCUCUAGAUGGUCUACUACCAGAUAGUAGUUCAAAUACUUUAACUUAGUUUAAUUUAGGAUUCACUAUAUUAUUUACAAUAGAAUUAGGAUUAAAAGUAAUAGGAAUGGGACCAAAAAAUUAUAUAUCUGAUACUAUGAAUAUAUUUGAUGCUGUAAUAGUAGCUUUGAGUUUAGUUGAAUUAUUUUUCUUAGGAGGAACAAGUGGAAAAUCUUCAUUGUCUGCUUUUAGAUCUGUAAGAAUAUUCAGAGCGUUUAGAGUGUUGAGAGUAACAAAAUUGAUGAGAAGUUUACAAUUUAUGGGAUUCUUAAUAAAAGUAUUGGGAAAUGCAUUUUAAUCAUUUAUGUAUAUAAUGAUUUUGCUUUUACUAUUUAUGUUUAUUUUUACAUUAUUAGGAAUGGCUUUUUUUGGAGGAUAAUUAUCUAAAACUCCUAGUAGAUAGAGUUAUGAUGAUAUUUAAAGUGCCUUUUUGGUAGUAUUUUAAGUACUCACAUUAGAGAAUUGGAAUAGCAUUUUGUGGGAUUUAUUGAUUUAAGAUGUUUCUGCAUUUAUUACAGUUCCAUAUUUAGUAUUUUGGAUUAUGAUAGGUAAUUAUGUCUUUUUAAAUUUGUUUUUGGCUAUUUUAUUAGAAAAUUUUGAAGAGGAAUAUAAGAAUGAUAAAGCAGGUUUAGACACUAAUAUUGAAAUUGGACAAGAUUCUAUUAUGGACAAUACAACUUAAGCUGUAAAUUCAACUAGUACUUUGAAAUCAACAAUGAAAACAAAAAAACAUACUGUUGCUUAACAAUUAGAGAAUAAUGGAGAUCCAGAAUCUAAGAAAAAUAAAUAAUUAUAGUAAGUAUUCUAAUAUUUUGUUGAACCUGGACUCUGUUAAUUUUCAUUGUACAUUUUUACUCAAGACAAUAUUAUUAGAAGAAUAUGUUAUAGGAUAGUUAAGGAUGAUAAAUUUGAAACACUUAUUUUCUUUAUGAUAUUUCUCACAUCAACUAAAUUAGUGUUUGAUACUUAUAUUCCAGAUAGUGGAUAAUUAAAAGAAGUAUCAUUAUAAAUUGAUAUUUUUUUUGCUGUAUUUUUUGGAGUUGAAAUGUUAAUGAAAAUAAUUGCUUUUGGAUUUGUAUAACAAGAGAGUUCAUAUUUAAGGGAAUCAUGGAAUAUAUUAGAUUUCUUUAUUGUUAUAGCAUCAUUUAUUGAUGUAAGUGUUUCAACAAUCAAUCUAAGUUUUGUGAAAAUUUUAAGAUUACUUAGAACAUUAAGACCAUUAAGAUUUAUUACUCAUAAUAGAUCAAUGAAAAUUUUAGUAUCAGCAUUAUUAUAAUCAAUUAAUGGUAUAUUUAAUGUGGCCAUAGUUGUAAUUUUAGUUUGGAUGAUGUUUGCAAUUUUAGGUAUAAAUUUAUAGAAAAAUAAAAUGAAUUAUUGUGAUAUGGGAGAUGAUGAAGUUUAUUAUCAUUAUGGUCCAAUUGAAUGUGAACAAAAUGGUGGUGUUUGGACAAAUAGAAAAGUUAAUUUUGAUAAUAUUUUGAAUGGAAUGUUAACAUUAUUUAUAUUAUCAACAUUGGAAGGUUGGCCAGAUAUAAUGUAUUGGUUUAUUGAUGCAGAUGAAUCAGGACCAAUUAAGGGAGCUUAAUUAUAAUUUUCUUGGUAUUUUAUUGUAUUUAUUUUAAUUGGUUCAAUAUUAUUGAUGAAUCUAUUUAUUGGUGUUAUAUUGGUUAAUUAUCAUUUAGCAGAAGAAGCUUCAAGAGAUAAAAUUUUAACACAACCAUAAGUAGAUUGGAUUGAAUUAUAAAAAUUGAUUGUACAUGCUAAUCCAAAUUUAGCUAUGUUUUUUAGUCCUGAAAAUCCUUUUAGAGCUAAAGUGUUUACUAUUAUUAAACAUAGAUAUUUUGAUCCAACAAUUUUAAUGAUUAUUGUAUGUAAUAUAGUAACUAUGGGAUUAUCUUAAGAUGAUUCUCCUAUUGAAUAUGAUAAUGUUUUGUAAUAACUAAAUACUGCAUUCACUUUUGUAUUUAUAACUGAAGCAAUUUUAAAGAUUAUUGCAUUAGGACCAGUAGGAUAUAUGAGAAAUUAAUGGAAUCAAUUUGAUUUUUUUGUUGUUUGUGCAUCCAUUUUAGAUUUGAUAUUACAAUUUACUGGAAAUUCAUUUAUUUCAUUUUUGAGUGCUGGACCAUAAUUAGCAAGAGUAUUUAGAGUACUUAGAGUAACAAGAUUAUUUAGAUUGAUUAAAUCAUUUGAAGGAUUGUAGAAACUAAUAGAAACAGCAAUUUAUUCAUUACCUGCUAUGUUAAAUGUAACAGCUUUAUUAUUUCUCGUUUUUUUCAUCUUCUCUAUUCUAGGUGUAUUUCUCUUUGGCUCAAUUAGAAGUGGAUGGGCAAUAGAUGAUGUGAAUAAUUUUUCUGAUUUUCAUCAUUCAUUUGAACUAUUAUUUAGAUGUGCAACUGGAGAGGAUUGGUAUAAAGUUAUGUUUGAUACUAUGUAAGAUGGCUAAGGUUACUAUUGUAUAUUCUUCAUUGUUUUUAUUGUAAUUUAGUAAUACAUUAUGUUGAAUUUAUUUAUUUUGAUCAUUUUGGAUCAAUAUGAAAUCAAUUAUUUCAAUAGUGAUAAUCCUUUAAAUAAAUUUUAAGAGUAUGAAAAUAUGUUUAUUGAAUCUUGGUCUAAAUUUGCUAAGGAAGACAAAGGAAUGAAAAUGAAUCAAUAAUUAUUAGUACCAUUAUUACUUGAUAUGGAGAAACCUAUAGGUUAUGAUUUAAAAUAGAAAUUAAAUGAUGAAAUUAGUGAAUGGAGAAGAAUCAAUCCUUCAUUAGAUACAAAAGAAAAUGUUUUAAAGCAAACUUAAAUUCUCAAAGCUAAAGCCAAAAGAGAUGUUUCUACUUAAAUCAUGAAAAUGAAUAUUUAUUCUGAUAUCACAGGUUAAGUCAAAUAUCAUUAGAUAUUAUUUUCAGUUAUGAAAUCUUAUAUGUGGAAGAAAGUAUAGAUUAAUUUAAGUCCAGAAGGAGCUGAGAAAAUUCUAUAAAAAGAAGAUGAGACAUAGAAAAGAUUAAAAAAGAAAUAGGUAGGUGUUCAAUCAAAGGAAGUAACUUUGGUUAAUCCUAUUGUACAAUUCUUAUUUGUACAUAUGGCUUUUAAAACUUUAAGACGUUAUGGAGAGAAGAAGAAAUAAUAAAAAGAAUUAUAAGCUUAAUUAUUACUUGAAUAAGAAUAAGAACAUUAUAGUGAUGGUUUUAGUUCUGAUUCCUCAUUUGAUAAUAAAAUAGAGAUACUAUCAAGAAAUUCAAAGGAUACUGAACAUCCAAAAAGACCAGAUUAUGGUAGAACAAAAUAUCUAACACUUCCAAAUACAGAAAUAUAUAAGGAAGAAAUUUAUAUUAAUUAAGAAACACCAAUAGUAAAUGAUUCAGAAAGAAGUUCAAAAGAGGAAGAGGAAGAACCAGAUGAGGAUGGUAUAUAUUUUAUAUUAUUCUUUUUAAGUUAUGUAAUAAUAUACAAAGGAUUUUAAAAAGCAUCUUAUUAAUCCAAAUGGAUCAGUAGGAAAUAUUUAGGAUGAUAAAAGUGCUAGUAAUUAAGGUGUAGGUGGAGGAGCUACAAGAAGCAGUUAGUCUCGAAAUAGUCAAAUGACAAAAUAGCCUAAGAGACUGACUCUCAAACCUAGUGAUAUGAUUUAAGGAUUGGGAGCAAGUAAGAAAUCUAUUCAAUCCAAUCAACCAGUCAUUAAUUAAAAUCCUAAUGUUUCUUAAGACAAUCCAUCAAUUAUGAAUUAAAGUAGUGGAAACAGUGCUAGUAAUAAAUGAUUAAUAUAUAAAUUUGCC